AUGACGGCAAACGCCAGGUUCCUGCAAGAGUUAGGGAUGACCUCCACCCAAUUGGAAAUAACAAGGCAACUGCAACAAGACCGAACUCCCGAAACAAAACCAACUAAAAGACACUUAAAGCCGAAAUCUUUGCCGGAAGAGGUUCCCGUGCGGAGAUCUAGUCGUCUUCGUGGUGAAGCUGCUCCAGGGCCACAAAAACCUUUGAUAGUAAAGGAAGAUGAACGUAACGGAUUCGAUGAACUUGGAUCACUCGAAAUGGAAGCUUCAUUUGCCGAGUCCAAUGUGCUGCAAUACUUUGUCAAUGGAAACCACGAUAACCGAAGGACACCGCCGUCUUCGUCGCAGGACUGCAAUGGUCAGGAGCUGGUGGGAUUCGCAGUAGACUCAAAAUCCUAUCUAAUCGACCGCAGUAUCAAGAAGACGUACGAUAUCUCCUUCACCUCUUUUCAAGAGAACGGCCUCGUUGCGACGGGCGGUCACGGAGGUCUCGUGUCAGUUUUUGCGCUCUCAAAUUCCUACCAUCAACCGGAAAUUGUCGACGGAUUUGUGGAUGAUCCUGGUGCACAUAUCCCACUCAUGUCAUUCAAAGCGCACAGCGGGUGGCUUUGGGACUUGAAUCACAGCUCCGAAAUGCUGAAAACUCCCAAGGAGAUUUUUUCCAACUCAAGUCUACACACCAAGGGCAUCUUCGGUAUGGAUGUCUGUGACGAUUCCGUUUUGACGUGCUCAAAAGACACUUCGAUUGCGCUUUCACAAUUCCGCGGCGAUACGGGUCUGCUCGAGGUGAAGCAGCGGUUUGAUGAUCACGCUGGCGUCGUUAAAUGUGUGCGGUUUGCUAAGUGCAACCCUCAAAUUUUUGCAUCAGGUGGCAACGAUCGAGAACUACAUGUAUUUGACACACGAGUAGCUGCGAACCCCAGCGUUGUGACAGUUGGUGGCAUGCAUUCCCGAGCGAUCAACAGUGUUCAAUUCCAUCCGACGGAUGACAACCUGUUGCUGUCGGCAGGGUUUGACUCAAACUUCUUUAUGUUCGACUUGCGUAAUACGUCCACCCCAAUGUGUACGUUCCGUCAGCUCAACGACACCAACAAGGCGAUUUUCCACCCAAUUUUCGUCCGGAAUGGUCUAGGAAUUGUGGCAGCACGAGGACACGAUCUGUCGUUAUACAGAACAAGCGACGGUGUAGUGGUUAGUCGCGGCCAUGUUGAUGACGCUGCAACCUGCAUUGCUGCAGAUCCAUUUCAUGACCGAAUUGCGAUUGCUCAAAGCGGCAAACUUCAAUUUGCAGACGCAAAAUGGGAGAGCAAGACGAUGCAAACCCGUUGCCUAUAG